GGUGGUCACUGCCACUCACUACUCAUCCUGCAAUGUAUUAUUAGCUUCCUUGGAUCUGCCAGUUCUGGUGUUUUUCUCUCCUCUCUCUCUCUCUUCAUUCUUUCUCUUCAGCAGCUGCGCCUUUUGCAUGAAGCGGGUAGGCUGCGCUCCCCGGACGCGCAGGUAAAGGUGCGAAUCUCUGCUGCAGGUUCGGGUUUAGAGACGACGCGAUGGCCCUUUAAUUUCAAAGCCACGGCGUAGUAAAAAACGUAUUUUUUUUUUUUUAUCCGCGUCCCCAUGUUCAAAACGGCGCACUACCCGGCCGUGGACCCGGCACACGCCGUCCUCCCGCACGGCGCGUGGCUGCACACGGCGUGCCGGGAACACGCACCCGUGGCCGUGGAGAAGCCCAAGAAAAAGGCGUUCAGCCUGGUCAAGAUGAUGUCUCUGAGCAGCAGGAAGGGAGCUGGCCAGCAUCCGCGCAACAACAACAACAACAACAUGCCCUUCACCAUCCACUGUCACAUCGGGAAAGAAAUAAAGCACAUUUGCAGCAAUUGCAGCCGCGGCAACGACACGCAGGACGCUGAGGAAGUAGAGAGGCUGGCGGCCAUGCGUUCUGAGUCCUUGGUCUCCGGCACCCACACUCCCCCCAUCCAUCAACGGAGCAAGUUUGCCUCUCUGGGACGACUCCUCAAACCCUGGAAGUGGAGGAAGAAGAAGAGCGAGAAGUUCAAGCAGACGUCUGCGGCUUUGGAGAGGAAGAUGUCACUGCGACAGAGCAGAGACGAGCUCAUCAAGAGAGGGGUGCUGAAGGAGAUCUUUGAAAAAGCAAGCGUUGAAUUUCGAUCCUCAGUGGACGGCAGCAUUUGCACUCGGGAGCCCUCUAUUAAGACGUCGAUGAUCCUGCCCACCAAGAAAUCUGUCACGUAUCCAGGUGACCAUCAGGAGACCUCCAUCAAGCCACCGCUUUACCACAAACAGCCUCCUGCUCUCCCGCCAAAGCCUUUCUCUCGGAUCCCAAACCACAGCACAGAUUCUUCCCAGCCAGUGAAGUUGCCCUGCAUGCCUGGGGGGAAGCACUCUCCACCUCUGCCUCCCAAGAAAGUGAUGAUCUGUGUGCCUCCAGGGGGGCUGGACUCCUCCCAAUCUCCGUCCCCUAAUCCCCUCAGCACGUACCCACCAAAGUGUGCCCCUCUGCAGGGUCUGUCAUCUCACCACGGCUCCCUGCUGCCCUCCCACCUCACCGGGCUGUCUGGGUUUCACCAGAGUCACGGUCACCCGCUCCAGCUCCAGUACGGCAGCCUCCACGCCCCCAGCCGCAUCAUCGAGGAGCUCAAUAAAACCCUGGCGCUCUCCAUGCAGAGGUUUGAAAGCUCUGCCCUGCAUGUAGGUAUUCAGUGCGCUCCCCUGGACAGAAGAGAAGUGCCAUCCGUGAUCAUCGACUACGAGGAUGACAAGGAAAACAUGCCCAAUGAGUGUGACUAUGAAGAUCUGCCCAGCUUGUACAAGGAUGAGGAGGAUAGUGUGGAAGAUGAGGAGGAGGAUGAUGAUGAUGAAGAUGAUGAUACCAUAUUUACGAGUUCCCUGGCACAGAAGGUGCUAAGAAAAGACUCUCUGGCCAUCAAGCUGAGUAACCGUCCAUCCAAAAGAGAACUGGAAGACAAAAACAUCCUGCCCAUGCAGACAGAUGAGGAGCGGCUGGAGUCGAGGCAGCAGAUAGGCACUAAGCUAACCAGGCGCUUGAGUCAGAGACCCACAGCAGAGGAACUAGAACAACGCAACAUCCUCAAACCUCGCAAUGAGCAGGAGGAAAUGGAGGAAAAGAGGGAGAUAAAGCGAAGGCUGACGAGGAAGCUGAGCCAGCGGCCCACUGUGGAGGAGCUGAGACAAGCCAAAAUUCUCAUCAGAUUCAGUGACUAUGUGGAGGUGUCGGAUGCCCAGGACUACGACAGGCGAGCAGAUAAGCCCUGGACCCGUCUCACAGCAGCUGAUAAGGCUACUAUACGGAAAGAACUCAAUGAUUUCAAAAGCAAUGAGAUGGAAGUGCAUGAAUCAAGUCGCCAUUUAACCAGGUUUCACCGACCAUAGUAGACCACCACUGUCUCGAGCGGUGCCGGACCAGGCGCUCUGCUCCACUGAGAACCACAAGUGCUGGACAGUAUAAAUGGUGCCCGUUUCUACAGUAAGGCCAUGUCUUCUGAAAUGCCUUUUUCAGGACCCACAUAACUGAGUCAGUACUACACCACAAGUUGUAGACACCCUCUGCUCCAUCCACUGUAGUAGCACAUAAUGACUCUUCUUAAUUAAGAUCGCCCCAGUGAGGAAUUUGCCCAACUGUCUCCUAAACGCCUCGGCCGAGCUCUCAGGCCGACGAUCAGUUCCGUGGUGAUUGGACAGCGGAAGAGUGUUGGUGUGAAGAUAAUUGAAACUUAUGGCAACUUUGGUUCUUCAAUAACACCGGUGGACUUUUUUUUCUUUUUUUUUUGUAUCCCUCCUCUAUCAUGCCAUCCCUCUGGACUCUUCGAGCUCUGGUGGACGACCCUGUACCAGAAUGGAGACUUAAUUGUUCAGAGCUCAUGAUAUCGGCAGAAGCUCCAAAUUUACUGCAUCUGGUGGUACUAUGGAAACCAUUCAGAGAGCAGUUGAAGGGAGGGAGUCCUAUAAUAUUACAAUCAUGUGCAAUGUUUUUUUUCUUUUUUUUCCCCCUUCCUGAAUAUCUUAGACUAUAGCACCCCCUGGAGUUUCCUUCGUGUCAUUACUUCGCAAUCAUCUCCACUCUUCUCAUGUGUGCAAUUCUAACUGUACCAGCAAUGCUGACAUCUAGUUGCUUACUGUGAAUUUGAGAGUUUGGAAAUCCCUGCACUCUCUCCAAAUGUACAUUUUGUUUUUAUCAAAGAAAGAAAGUUAAAUUUGAAAAAGAAGGAAUCACUCUUAACCAAGGCUUAUUCAUGUCUGAGUUUUAUGCAUUUAAUGUUAAAAUUACAGCUCACGGAUAUAUACUUUGGCUCCAGAAUGUGCAACAGUUGUCUUAUUUUAUAUUCAUUUAUGAGUUGUAUUUUUCUUUUAAUAGAGACACUAGAGUCAUAAACACUUCAGUUACAUGUAUUCACACAUUUGGGCACUUUGAACUGAUAUUUUGAGAUGGUUCACCAAAUUGUCAUCUCUUAGUUUUCUUUUUUUAACACUUUACGUUGGCAGCGUUAUGGGCUCAUGGUGUGCAUUGUGCAUAUACUUUACUUUUAUACUUGUCACUCCAGCUUUGGAAAAAGCAAUACCCUUUUUGGAGAAAAGGUUUGGGUGAACCCACUCCCCCCCCCAACCACCCUGUUUUUUACUGUGCAUAUACAUGAUGCCUGCACUUGAGGAUUUUAACUUUUCUUUUAUGUUUCUUCUGAAUGGCUUUACUCUGGAGGACUUGUUAAUCAUUUUUCUUGACUGAGCCACUGAAAAAUCUGCCUCUUUACAGCUUUACCAACACAUUCAAAUGAGGCGUGACAAAACUAUCAUUGAAUAGGAUGUAUUCUCAAUUCAAAAUGAUGGGUCCAGAUUUUGGUGUACUCUGAGUCAAAAUUUUUAAAUAUUUUUAUUCCUUAAAUAUUUUGCACUGUUGAAUGUUUGGCUUUUUUUUUUUAUGUGUAAAUUAUUGGAUUUCUCAGCUGUAAUCAUCUGAUAACUGAUCCCACACCAAUGUUGAUACUUUGAGCUUUAUGUGCAUAAAAUAUUUAUCAUUAUUUUUUUAUACAUAUUCAUUCAUUGGAAGUUGCAAAUGAAAUUGUUGUCCAGUUAAAAAAUGGAGUAGAUGUAAAAGGCUUGUGGUUGUCUGCUAUAAUCCAUUCGUCUGCAAAGGAACACGUGUCCACCAUUUUUCUUUUUUUUACAUUUUUUUUAAGGAUUUGAUUGAUCAGUGAUUGGUUGACCAAAUAAAAUCUGAUAAUGAGCAGCAUCAGAUUUAUUUGCACUGAAGGAUUUGUACGUGCAAAAAAAAAAUUGGAGUGUUGGUGUUUGUGAUCGGUUUCUCGUCAGAAUCAGUACCCUGGUCGUUCUUUUGUUAAUAUACCACUUUAAAUUUCAUUGGGUCAUCUAAUCACGGAAACACGAGACACAUGAUGUAUUCCUGUGUCAAAACCAGCUUACAAUAGGAUGCGGGUAUCAUGCCCAUUAAUUUUAUUCUGCUUUAUCCCCAACCCUCAGUUGAUCCACAGGUUCAGUGGAUUGAAAUGAAUUAUACAAAUGCAAUUUUAAGCUUGUAAGUAAUAACCUGAGCCAGUGAGCAUGAGGUUUUCCUUUUGCUGGAAUCAAAUGACAUGAAUUCAGCAAUAAGUUCCUUUUUGCAGAAUGGUGAAGAAACUGAGAAUCUUUCUUUUUUUUUCAUUUCUGAAAUGCAGAAUACCAUGUAAAGGUCACAUUAUGGAAAUUAAAUACCAUUUUUGAAUGCAUUUUUAAGAUUGAUGUAUUAUUUGAUACAUUUUUUGCAGUAAUGCUAAUUCAUCUUCUUCAAGUUAUAACAGACUUCACUGCCUCUUCAGCAUAACUCUUUUUCUCUCAGCUUUAGCUAGAUUGAUUCCUUAACUUUUCCUUCAUAUUGAUGCCGUUUACAGGUGACCAGAUCCUGUUGAGCCACGUAGGAGGUGGAGGAGGGUAUGUCCCGGACAAAUCUUGGAGUUAUAAGUUAUUUUGACUGUAACUGGGUGGCUACAAAUACAACACCUUGACCUCUUAAAAAAUAUGUUGCAUCCAUUGUUUUUUUUGUUUUUUUUUUGCCAAAAGUAUAAAAUAAACUGUUUAUUUGAAAUC